GUAGGCCAUCUCUUAAAGCAGCUGCCUUUCCUUCGUUUGUCAGUACUACAAAUUUAUAAGUAAAAUUGUAAAAGAAAGAAAAUUGUUGUAAAAGUGCUGUUUUAAGGUAGCCAAAAUGCGUGUAGCUCUUGGCCUUUUGGCCAUAAUCUGCGCCCUAUUUGUCCUGACCGAUGGCGUUGAUCCCGGCAACUUCAAGACCUGCGAGCAGAGCAGUUUUUGUCGACGCUCCCGAAAGGUACAGAGCACGGGCAGCAAGUACGCCCUAAUUCCGGGCACCCUGAACACCUACGCCGACUCACUGACCGCCGAUUUGGUGAACAAGGAGAAUCACCACCAGUUCGCCUUCAAGCUGGAGGCUUUAGUGGGCAGCACUUUCCGCCUGCAGAUCGAUGAGAAGCAACCGCUACGCCCUCGAUAUCGCGUAGAGCACGCCUUGAAAGGUCAACCCCAGGCCGGACGCAUUCGUGUCGAGCAGGAGACCGACGGUGAAAUUGUGAUAAGGUCCGAAAAAAAUAAGGCUGUGAUCCAUGGCGAUCCUUUCCGCAUUGAUUUCUAUGAGAACGAUGUGCUAGUAGUUUCCGUGAACGCCAAAAACUGGCUGUACUUUGAACAUCUGCGCCAGAAGGCUCAGGAGCCGUCACCGGAUCCAUCGGAAAAUGAUAAUCAGCAAGAGCAGGAUGCCGCUGUGGAGACACCCAAGGUGGCGGAUGCUAUCGAUGAUCCCGGUGCAUGGGAGGAGAACUUCAAGUCGCAUCAUGACUCCAAGCCCUACGGACCCGAGGCGGUGGCUCUGGAUUUCACCUUCCCCGCCGCCGAGAUUCUCUUUGGCAUUCCGGAGCACGCCGAUAGCUUUGUUUUGAAGUCUACCUCGGGCACGGAUCCCUAUCGCUUGUAUAAUCUGGAUGUUUUCGAGUAUAUUCUUGACAGCAAGAUGGCUCUGUAUGGCGCCGUGCCGUUAAUCUAUGGUCAUGGGCAGCAGCACACUGCCGGUGUUUACUGGCAGAAUGCCGCCGAAACCUGGGUAGACAUCCAGACAGCCGAGACGAAUGUGGUCUCGUCGCUUGUAAACUUUGUGUCAGGCUCCCGCAAGACCCCACCGCCGGCCGCACAUUUCAUGUCUGAAUCAGGUAUCGUGGACGUUUUCAUUAUGCUGGGACCAAAGCCCAUGGAUACGUUUAAGCAAUAUGCAGCCCUUACGGGAACCCACGAGUUGCCGCAGAUGUUUUCGCUGGCUUACCACCAGAGCAGAUGGAAUUAUAACGAUGAGCGGGAUGUGACCUCCGUUUCGGCAAAGUUUGACGAGUUUAACAUACCCAUGGACACCAUGUGGCUGGAUAUUGAGCACACCGAUGGCAAGCGGUACUUUACCUGGGACAAAUUCAAGUUCCCCCAUCCUCUGACGAUGAUUAAGAACCUGACAGAGCUGGGCCGCCAUUUGGUGGUGAUUAUUGAUCCGCACAUCAAGCGAGACAAUGGUUACUUCUUCCAUCAGGACUGCACGGAACGCGGAUAUUACAUUAAGACGCGUGAGGGUAACGACUAUGAGGGCUGGUGCUGGCCAGGAUCGGCCAGUUAUCCGGACUUCUUUAAUCCCGUGGUCAGGGAUUAUUAUGCUAGCCAGUAUGCCUUGAACAAGUAUCAAACGGUCACGGCUGACGUGAUGGUGUGGAAUGACAUGAACGAGCCGUCGGUGUUCAAUGGCCCAGAGAUAACAGCACCCAAGGAUCUGGUGCACUAUGGCAAUUGGGAGCAUCGCGACGUCCAUAAUUUGUACGGUCACAUGCAUCUGAUGGGCACGUUUGCCGGACUUCAGCAGCGCGAUCCCAACCAGCGACCCUUCAUCCUCACCCGUUCCCACUUUGCUGGCUCCCAGCGUUACGCGGCCAUUUGGACCGGUGACAAUACCGCAGAUUGGUCCCAUCUGCAGCACUCGGUCAAGAUGUGCCUGACGGAGGCGGUGGCCGGAUUCUCCUUCUGCGGAGCCGAUGUCGGCGGCUUCUUUGGCAAUCCAGACUCUGAGCUCUUGGAGCGUUGGUAUCAAACGGGUAUUUUCCUACCCUUCUUCCGCGCCCACGCCCACAUCGAUACCAAGCGAAGGGAGCCUUGGCUAUUCUCCGAGCGUACACGCGAAGUCAUCCGAAAUGCGGUGAUCAAGCGGUACUCUUAUCUGCCGCUGUGGUACACUGCCUUCUACGAGCUGGAGCUGACUGGUGAGCCUGUGAUCCGGCCUCUGUUGGCCCACUAUCCCCAGGACAAGGAGGCAUUUGGCGUAGAUUCCCAACUGCUGGUGCAGGAUCGUCUGCUCGUUCGCCCGGUCAUGCAGCAGGGCGUUAGCAAAGUUGAUGUUUAUUUCCCGGCCAUUGAUGACAAGAAGAACGGCGACUGGUGGUAUGAUGUGGAUACUUAUCAGCGCCAGGAACGAUCUGGUUAUGUCUCGGUGCCAGUGGAUGACAACAAGAUCCCCGUGUAUCAGCGCGGCGGCAGCAUUGUGCCCAAGAAGGAGCGCCUGCGUCGCGCCUCCACCUUGAUGUUGCACGACCCGUACACUCUGAUCAUCUGCUUGGACCGACAAGGCAAGGCAUCCGGCUCUCUUUACCUGGACGACGAGAAAUCGUACGAGUACCGUCAGGGCAGGCGCAUCCAUACCAUCUAUGAUUUCUCUAAUGGACAGCUGACCAAUCGCUUUGAGGGCAAGCCCAAAUAUAAGACUGAUGCCUGGAUCGAGCGCAUUAUCAUUGUUGGCUUGGACAAGGUGCCGAGCAGUGCGAGCAUCACGGUUAACGGUGUCAGCCAGCAGCUGGAGGUGUUGCCCCAGGAGCGAUCUGUUGUUGUGCGCAAGCCGGGCGUCAAGAUGGACGUCGACUUUGCCCUUAAACUCAACUAUCAGUAGUGUGUAUCAGUUCCCGUAACCACGUAUUAAUGUGUGUUUGUACUUUUUUCUUUCCAACUACAAAAAUGUUUAAGCACCACUUAAAAAAAAUGCUUUAAAGGACCGAACUCAUUCGGAAUGAGGCCCAGAGGUGUGUUCACUUUCAUGUAAAUUCAAAUUAUAGAAUUAUAUUAUAUAGCUGCCUCUGAAUAAUACAUAGUUAAGCUCCUGUCAGCGUCCCAACAUUCUAAGAAAACUGAUUGUUUCAAUAAAUAUAAACGAUCUUUUAAGAUAAACUA